CACCACACACCCGACCAGGGUCCUUUCAUAAUAACAACAUGGCUGCCUUCUGUAGAGGGAGACACCGGUGGAAAAGGACUAAUUUCGUGCAUGUUUUCACAAGAAACCUGACAGGGAAGUACGACUAUGACCUGGUGGUCAUUGGUGGUGGUUCAGGAGGCCUUGCCUGUUCCAAAGAAGCGGCGCAGCUGGGACAGAAAGUUGCUGUUUUAGAUUAUGUGGAGCCAUCUGUGAAAGGGACCAAGUGGGGUCUUGGAGGAACCUGUGUUAAUGUUGGCUGCAUUCCUAAAAAGCUCAUGCACCAGGCUGCUCUGCUCGGUGCUGCAGUCAAAGACGCUAAGAAGUUUGGGUGGCAGAUCUCAGGGCCGAUCUGCCACGACUGGGCCACCAUGGCAGAGGCUGUUCAGAACCAUGUCAGAUCUCUGAACUGGGGUCACAGAGUUCAACUCCAGGACAAGAAGGUGAAGUAUCUGAACAUCAAAGGAAGUCUGGUGGAUGAACACACAGUUAAAGGACUAACUAAAGCUGGGAAAGAGAUGAUCCUGACUGCCAGGAACAUUGUGAUCGCUACGGGUGGACGGCCCAAGUACCCUACAAAUAUCCCUGGAGCAAUGGAGCACGGCAUCACAAGUGAUGACAUCUUCUGGCUGAAAAAGUCGCCCGGGAAAACGCUUGUGGUUGGAGCCAGCUAUGUGGCUCUGGAGUGUGCGGGCUUCCUCACAGGUCUUGGCUUGGACACAACAGUGAUGGUUCGCAGCAUCGCCCUCCGGGGGUUUGAUCAGCAAAUGGCAGGUCUAGUGACGGACUACAUGGAGGCAUAUGGGACCAAGUUUGCAUGGAAGUGUAUCCCAAAGAGAGUUGACAAACUCUCCACAGGAGCCCUGCAGGUGACGUGGACUGACACCCACACAGGCACCGAGCACAAGGACAACUUCGACUCUGUGUUAUGGGCAGUUGGCAGAGCCCCUGAAACCAAAGCCCUGGGCCUGGACAAGCUUGGUGUGCAACUCAACAAGGAGACGGGGAAAAUAGUGGUAGGCGCUGCUGAAUCCACCUCAGUGCCAAACAUCUAUGCUUUUGGUGACAUCGGCGAGGGCCGCCCUGAAUUGACACCAACGGCCAUUAAAGCGGGAAAGCUUCUUGCGCGCAGACUGGCUGGUCAAAGCACUGAGCUCAUGAACUACGACAACGUGCCCACCACAGUUUUCACUCCCCUCGAGUACGGCUGUGUGGGUCUGUCUGAGGAGGAGGCUGAGAAAAGGCAUGGAAAAGACGGCAUAGAGGUCUACCAUGCUUUCUACAAGCCUCUGGAAUACACUGUGGCAGAGCGUGAUGCCAGCCAGUGCUACUUAAAGGUGGUAUGUGAGCGGGGUGGAGACCAGAAGAUCCUGGGUCUGCAUUUCACCGGUCCAAACGCCGGAGAAGUCGCACAGGGCUUUGCUUUGGGCUUCCAAUGUGGAGCAACAUAUUCCCACCUUCUGCAGACAGUAGGUAUCCACCCGACCUGUGCCGAGGAGGUGGUCAAGGUCAACAUCACAAAGCGCUCCGGUUUGGACGCCACAGUCACCGGCUGCUGAGGUUAAGCCCCUCGGUCUCUGAACACUAAUGAGCAUGCAGGGUCCCUCUGUGACAGUAAAAAGAAUUUAGUCUGGGUUUGCUCUGCUCUUUCUCCUUCUCCCUGUCCUCCUAUAUGGCUCCAAAAUGGCCCCCAGUUUCACAGUGCUUUGUAGGAUCACAGGGUCACUUCAUAGUCCAGUCAUGCAGGUCAUCACUUGCUUGCCAGGAUAGUGUCACUGAUGUGUGAUAACCAGGACUGCGAUAGUCCCAUAAAACAGGCAUGUUGUGAGUGUAUGCUCUAAAAGCUCAGGGCUAUAGAUCAGGUCAGUGAGAGCCAUGGCCUCAGAGCGAGCGUCUUUUAAAUAAACAGGCUCAUCAAUCAGAAUUAAGGCCUGCGCUCAGAGUUUUUUUGAAAUCGUUCGAGAACCGUAGACCGAGCCUUAAAGUUUUUCUGAAUAUAUAUUCUGCAAAUAUUGUUGUUUCUCCGGCUGUACUUCCUGUCCAUUAGUCUUGGAGGUGACACAUACCAUACACCCACACAACCCCACCCCCCCAUGACACUGAUGGAUAGCCUCAGGGCCGUCGCCACAGCGACACCGCCCCAUUUCCCAUGGACACACACAAACAGUCGGUGGGCCGCCUGUCAGUCAGCCAGCUAAGACCUGGCCAGGGAGUCCCGGCUUGUUUAGGGCCCAGCAGACUCCAGACCCCUUCCUUUUCCUCCCAUGCCCUUCUCCAUACCCAAUGUAUGAAAGAAUACCAUAGGACUACAAAUAUGUGCAGUCAAAAGCUCUGUGGAUGCAACAGCCAAGGCACAGGGAAACUCUACCUGUUUCCAACAGUGCUGUGGGAGCUCUGCAUUAUCUGUACUACUCAAACUUACCCAAAGGUGGCACUAUUGCCCUCCUAUUCUGCACACUUUUUCUGAACCAAGAAUGGAAGACAGGAUAAAGUAGUCACUGGAUAAAACAUAAGCCUGAAUACAUUCAGGUUGCACAUUUAAUCCCUCUAAUCCCUAUAAAAGAUAUGUGCUUUUGGAUGAAGUUUGAAAGCAGACUGGCUUUAUUGGUGCCAAACUGAUAAGAGUUAUCUGUUGUGUAUUUACAUGGAUGACAGGUUAGGCCUAAAGAGUCAUCACCCUGGAAGAUAAGGAAAGUUGUUUAUAUCAAUAAAGCAGUAAUAGACCUCCACAGUUUGUGCUCAAAUGUUCAACCUGCUGGCUUUACUGGACAUGUUGGGUUUAUUAGGAAGAAGAGGAGGAGGAGGAGGAGGGCUGUCAAUGAAGUGGGUUGCUACAGAAAUCAGGGCACCUAAGAGGAGGCUGCUGGGAGUAGUUUAUUUUUAUUUGAAGUCUAAUCGGCCCAGUCUGAUUAAUGAUUUCGAUGAGGGGAGUGACAGUGUGGCAGGAGAAGGAGAGAGGAAAAAGAGAGAGCGAGAGAGAGAGGUACCAAGUUUAUUUGGACCUGGGCCAGAGGAGAGAGAGCGACCUGAGUUUCAGCCCUAGUUAAGGAGGAAAGGGGGAUUCCUGUGUGCUCUGUUCAGGGCUGAGGUGCUGACUGAAGGACCCUGACCUCCGCUCAGCAGGAACAGCUUGACUCUAUCACUCGGAGCACAGAGGGCUCACAUGCUGCAGCGCUGCACGGCAGGGGCCUGGGGGGACUCGGGGUGGAGGGGGUACAGGAUGGCCAGGGAACGGACAGAGCCAACAGCCCAGCCAACCAACACAACACCGAGCAGGAGCGGUGUGUUUGCCCAGUGCAACUGAGUCUAUGUUCCUGUGCUUAACGAGCCACUUCAGAGACCCCAGGGUGUGCCCAAGGCAACGCGAGGGAAGUUAUUGAGGCCAUCAGUGUAACCGUAAUGUCUGUUUGCUUUUUACCCUCUACUUCCCCUCUUCUUUUUCUCAUCCGCUCUAAUGCCUUAUGCACAGUUUGGCUGCUCACGUGCACAGAAUGGAAUCAGUAUUUAAUUGUUUUUCGCAAAUCUGUCUUAAUGUGAAUCAUAUCUGUUCAUUAUUGUCGAUCAGGCACUCCAGGCCCAAUACUUGACCAGUUCGCCUCAGCUGUGCCCCACAGGGAGGUCAGGGUUCAACUUUCAGGGCGGCCAGCUAAUGAUGACCUGCACUAAAACCCAAAGCUGGGGAGUGCAGGCCUGAUGUCACCUGGCCACCAACUUUAGUAAUUGUAAAUAGAGAAGUGUAGUUUUCCAUUAAAACUUUGUUAUCCAUAAUUUAUAUGUAAAGUAAUAAUGUAUUGGAAUGUGUCGGUGUCAACAUUAAAGUAAUGAUGCCCACUGA